UCCAGGCUCAGGACCUGGUGUAAGGGACUGGAGAGGGCUUUCUGCCACAUGAUUCCAGGGCACCUCCUGUCACACUGGCUGUCAUCAGUGGUUCAUAGCAUCAGCAUCUGGGAGGUGGAGACCCUGUCAGUCCUAAUUCACUGGCCCAAAGUGUGUGGGGGUCACUGGGCUUCUCUCGCACCCCUUCCAGGCCGGCUCGACUGAGACCUCCUACUAGGCUGCCUGUCAAAGAGCAGGAAGCAUCGAUGUCUGCUGUGGGUCCUGCCGCUGCACACCUGCAUCGCCCUGGUGACAGUCACAGUGACUGCGUGAGUUUCCUGGGGGCCCAGUUGCCCCCUGAGGUGGCAGCAAUGCCCCAGCUCCUGGGCAGCUUGGACAGGGCCACGUUCAGAAAAUUGCUGAAGCUGGUGGUCAGCAGCCUGCAGGGAGAAGACUGCCGGGAGGCUGUGCAGCACCUCAGGGCUGGCGCUGGCCUGCCUGAGGAGCAGUUGGGUGCCCUGAUAGCUGGCACACACACCCUGCUCCAGCAGGCCCUCCGGCUGCCCCCGGCCAGUCUGAAGCCCGACACCUUCAAGAACCAGCUCCAGGAGCUUUGCAUCCCCCAAGACCUGGUUGUGGACUUGGCCAGCGUGGUGUUUGGUAGCCAGCGGCCUCUCCUUGACUCUGUGGCCAGGCAGCAGGGGGCCUGGCUGCCCCACGUCGCCGACUUUCGGUGGAGGGUGGACGUGGCCAUCUCCACCAGCGCCUUGGCCCGCUCCCUGCAGCCGAGCGUCCUGAUGCACCUGAAGCUCUCGGAUGGGUCCGCCCUCCGCUUUGAGGUUCCCACGGCCAAAUUCCAGGAGCUGCGGUUUGCUGUGGCCCUGGUCCUGAAAGAGAUGGCCGACCUGGAGAAGAGGUGCGAGCGCAAGCUGCAGGACUGAGCCUCUCGCCAGUGCCUUCUGGUUGCCCAGGCGGCUGUCUCAGAUGGGCUCUCCAGAGCGAAGCCCGCCCUUCUGAGAAGUGAGGGAGUGUAACCAUGUCUUUCUCUAAGUGAAGUAGACAGCUGUGUCUUUCCCUUUUUUUGGAAGUAAAGCAACUGUAAAAAAAAAAAAAAUACGUCCUCCUGGGUAGGCAUCAAACCGCAUGCGCCCUCUCCACAGUGGUCAGUCUGUCUUGCUGCCAGGUAAGGGCACCCACUGCGCUGGUGGGCCCACGUGUGGUCUGGGGUUCAGGCCAAGGCCUUUGUGAGGACACAGGCUGUUCAGCCUGCCCUGUGUAGCAUCCGAGCUGUUGCUCCUUUGCUCUUGGAAACCCUAUGUUUCAGGGUGCACAUUUUAUUCCCCAUCUUAAAUCCCUGACCUUAAAGCACAUUCUAGUGGAGGGGGUGCGGGGAGGAAUGUGUAAUAAAAACAAGAAGUGUAGUCCGGGAGAGGGUAAGCGCUGCAGGAGAUGCAAGCAGCCUCCGGAGAUGGGAGGCAGGGCGGUGGGAGAGCUGGGCUGCACUUUAAAUCAGGUCUUGGGGUGGGUCUCCUGAGGAUGUGGUUCUUGAGCCAAGAGGAGGCAGAGACACUGCUCUGAGGGAAAGCCUGUGGGCGUGGGGCUGCAGCCAAGUGGGAGGAGAUGAGUGGAAGCGCAGGGGCAGGCCGAAGGCCUCUCUGGGAACUCGGCUCAACUCUGAGUGAAUGCUUCGAUAAACGUGUUAGAGGAUCACACCAGAUACUGUGUUGACUGCAGAGGGCAGGCUGCAGGAUGGGGUGAGGAGUCUGGAGUUGGUGGUGGCAGCAGAGAGGGGAGCGGGGGCCUCGCUUAGGUUUCUUGCGGCUGGGUGGCUCAGGCAGCUCAGACCACCAUAGACCAAGUGGCUUGAACGACAGAAAUGACUUGCUUGCAGUUCUGGAGGCUGGGGUCAGCGUGCCAGCACAGUCAGGUCCUGGUGAGGCCUCUCCCCUGACCUUUCGACUUGCCUCUGUGCAUGUGUAUGCAUGUGUGUGUGACUAUGUGAGCAUGUGUGUGUGUGAGAGAGAGAGAGAGAGUGCUCUCCUCCUAAGAGAGCACCAGUCCUAUGGGAUCAGGGCCCUGUGUUUAUGACCUAAUCCAACCUUAAUCACCUCCUUGAAGGCCGAAGUUUUAAAUACAGGCUCAGAAGGGGUUGGGGCUUCAACAAUAGAGUGGGAGAGUGCUGGGGAGGGGGGAGCAUGGGCCCCUCCUGGAUGCCUUUAGGGCAACAGUGUGAAGAGCCCUUGACCAGCCCUGUCCCCUCCAGCAUAACUGCAACCCAGGUAGGGGGCCUGACACUGUCCCUGCCUCUGUGGUUUGCUCUACCAGGAAACCAGGUCACAGCCUGGUAGGAUUAAUAGGCCCAAGCACCAGGCAGGAGCUUCCUCUGAAAAAUAGCGAUUGGGUUUGGGUGCCCACCUGGCAUCCUGCCAUGUCUGUUGGAAGCCCCUAGCCUUCCCCAGCACCCCCUUCCUGUCCCCACUCUGUGCCAGAACCCAUCAAGAGCAGCAGUGUUUCCUCUGUGCUGUUCCCAGAAUGCUCCCGUGAUCUUGAAUAAUUAGGCCUUUCCCUGAGCGAGGGUCCCAGCAAGUUGGGCCAAAGGGACAGAGAGGAGGUGCCCUGGGGGCCAUGUCCCACGUGGGACUCAGUCCUGGCUCAGCCGAGGGCUGCGGACUCCCCGUGUCUGCAGUAUCAGCCAGCAUCCUGGGCCCUUCUUCCCUGAGGACAGGAGCUGGAAUGGGCCAUCCUCGCUGCUGCCUAGGCCUGCCCACAAGGACCUGCACUGUAAGCUGAGCACCAUGUCUGCUUCAACCAGUGAUGGAGGCCCUCUUUGCUAUGACUUCUUCCUCAAGCAUCAGGCAUGUGUCAGGAAUAUGUACUUCUGAUAUGUUUGGAAAAUCCUAAAAAAUCAAAACUAAAAAGAAUCAAAAAGCUCCUUUGCCCAUAGACAGCCAUGGAGAAACCGUCUUGACCAGAUUUGAAGAUAUUCUCUGUGCUGUGUCUGUGUGUUAACGCAGCUCUGUUCAUUUAACUCUCCCUGAACAUGAUGGUCUGUCUACUGGCUGCAGAGCAUGCAUCCCUUCAGUGGGCAUGCUGAGUUCCCCUUGGGCUUGGCAGACAGAGCACCAGAGACUGGGCAGCUCCGAAAACAGUAGACAUCCAUUUCUCACAGUGCGGAGGGUGGACAGCCGAGGUUGGGCCAGCAGGGUCAGGGAGCCGUGGUCCUGGCUGCAGACAUCGCUGUCCUCAUGUGGAGAGAGGACACAUGAGGGGACUCCAAAAAAGGGAGGGGACUCAACCCUCGUGACCUGAGCACACCCAAAGGCCCCCCUCCUCACAUUUGACAUUAGGUCAUUUGACACAAACAUUCAGAGCAGAGCAACUUCUGUGUUUCCUUUUUUUUCUCAAUUAAAAAUGACAGUGAUGUUAUGCAACUGGAGAUUAUUAUACUGAGUGAAGUCAGAGAAAGACAUAUCACUUACAUGUGGAAUCUAAAAUAACACACGAACACAUCUACAAAACAGAC